UUAAACAUGAAAUUGCCGGUCAGCAGAAGGUCGGUCGACAACAGUAGCAGUUAGCCGUUAACGAAAGUCUUCACUUCAUAGUUAGCGGGAAUCUGACAACUUCCGGUCGCAGUUUGAACAAAUUGAGUCGUUUCUGGAUUAUCCGCUAAUGCUAACUGGCUAAAAGACUGCCGGCGGUUAGCUUUCAGGCUAACUGAACUGAAGUGUUCGGUGCGUCGGAAGAGACGGGGGCUGCUUUAGCUAUUAGCAUGCAGUGUGCUAACGUUCUGAAGAAGAGAAGUUUGGAAACGGAACUGGAUCCGUGGAGCUGCAGACCGAAGCGAAUGUGUUUGGAGGCGGAGCUCCAGUCAGUGGAGUGUCCAAUGGAAACGUCCCACACUUUUACUGUGUCCAAUCAGCACCAAGAACAACAGGUUGGUGUGGUCCAGUCCAGACCUCCUCUGCUCUCCUGUUCCAGAUGUCUUGGAGGAGAACCAGGUCACAUCAACCACAUCAUGGGCCUCUGAGGAGCUGAACAGCACCACUGACGCAGGAGGUGGAAGACAAAGAAAAGGAGGACAUGUCCCCAUCUCCUGACCCCUCUGUGUCAUCCUGAAAAAUGUUUGAAACACCAGAAAUCAUCCAGAGUGGCAGCUUUACAGCCAUCCAGUGAGAUUUCUGCUUCACUUCACUGCAGCUUGAUGAUGUCAUCAUGACCUCACAAACUCAAACAACCAGUCAGGUGCUUUUUUUUUUUCCUCAGAUUUUUGUUCCUUUGACUACAGUUAUUUUAGUGUUUGUGGCCCAUACUGUUGCCACAGUAACAGACAUCUGAUCCAACAAUUAAACAGAUAAAAUAAAUAUGCUGUACAGAUCACGUGAGUCAAAUCAGAAGCGAUGGUGCUGUUCAUCUGAAGGACCUGACUCGUCUGCUACCUGAACUUGUAAUGAAGUGGCUGUAAAUUAAAGUUGUCUGUCAGCAGAAGAUUGGCCAACAACAACCACAGUAGUUAGUAGUCAAGAGAAAGUCUUUCAUUUUUAGCAAAUCAGUAAGAUCUCACAUGUCCUCUUGUCUUUGAACACACCAUCACAUGGAGUCUGAAUGUGUUACAAACUCCUGGAACAGUGACACAUGCAAUCAGUAAAGCACAUCACUAUGAGACCUGCCCUCCUCCUCCCUGACGGCUGAUUGGUUCACAUGUCCUGUGACAGGUGAGGACCCUUUGAACGCAGAAGUUAAGACUCGUCCAACGUUCAGUGAAUGCAUCACUUGAAUAGCAGAAUGUAGUUUAAGAUGAUUAAUGGAUCAUCAGUGAUCAGUGACUCAGCUGUGAUUGGUCUCCCUGCUCUUUGAUUUUCAGGGCAGUGAUUUAACCUUUGAUCUCCUUGUGAGACUUAAACUGUCUUUAACAGCAGACAGUAAAGGGCUAUGACUCUUUGAACAUCAGUUUUCACACUCAGGUAGCAUGUUAGCUUAGCCUGGCUAACCGCCUCCUCUGAGCAUGUGCAGACUGUCUGAGACCACACGAGGUCCUUCAGGUGGUCUAAGGUGUUGGACAGACAAAAAUCAGUGAACAAAUCCAUCUGGGUCAACAUCCAGAAGGAAGUGGACACAUGACCGUCUUUCAUUGUCUUUUAUUCCUCACACCAUAAAGAAAGUAACGUAACAAGAUUGGUUUUCAUUUACCAUCAGCUAAUUACUGAUUUUUUUAAAUACUGACCAGACCUCAAAAGGGACUGAAAUCUUUUGUCUUUGUCUCUGUGUCGUGUGAAAUCAUGAGGAUGAUGAGUGUUUUAAUUGAACGGGAAAAUAAAUGAAGUGAAAGGUU